AUGGCACCAGUGACUGAUUCCCAGACGGCUGCCUUAACUGAUUCGGCCACGGUGGCCACUUUUACUAUACGUCAUACCACGUACACUGCACGUCACCACAAAUACACUGCACGUCACCACAAAUACACUGCUCGUCACCACAAAUACACUGCACGUCAUCACAAAUACACUGUUCGUCACCACAAAUACACUGCACGUCACCACAAAUACACUGCUCGUCACCACAAAUACACUGCUCGUCACCACAAAUACACUGCACGUCACCACAAAUACACUGCACGUCACCACAAAUACACUGCUCGUCACCACAAAUACACUGCUCGUCACCACAAAUACACUGCACGUCACCACAAAUACACUGCACGUCACCACAAAUACACUGCGCGUCACCACAAAUACACUGCACGUCACCACAAAUACACUGUUCGUCACCACAAAUACACUGCUCGUCACCACAAAUACACUGCACGUCACCACAAAUACACUGCACGUCACCACAAAUACAUUGCACGUCACCACAAAUACACUGCUCGUCACCACAAAUACACUGCUCGUCACCACAAAUACACUGCACGUCACCACAAAUACACUGCUCGUCACCAAAAAACAUUGAUGGCUUUAAAGAAGUUAGCUAUGACGAUGACGUCGGAAUGGACAAUGCUGGCAGAGAUGACAUUUAAGGCAGCAGCAGACACUUAA